AUGCCUGAUCCUUCAUUUGAAUACAAGACAUACAAAUACACUUAGUAGAGGGCUGCGCCGGUUUCUCCAGUGCAACUAGACAUUAUGCCGGAUCCAUCCAAAUCGGCUCCAGCCCCCAAAAAAGGGUCCAAAAAGGCGGUCACCAAGGCGCAAAAAAAGGAUGGCAAGAAACGCAAACGGGGCCGCAAGGAGAGCUACUCCAUCUACGUGUACAAGGUGCUGAAGCAGGUGCACCCGGACACCGGCAUCUCGUCCAAGGCCAUGGGCAUCAUGAACUCGUUCGUCAACGACAUCUUCGAGCGCAUCGCCAGCGAGGCCUCCCGCCUGGCUCAUUACAACAAGCGCUCGACCAUCACGUCCCGCGAGGUGCAGACGGCCGUGCGCCUGCUGCUGCCUGGGGAGCUGGCCAAGCAUGCCGUGUCGGAAGGCACCAAGGCAGUCACCAAGUACACCAGUUCCAAGUGAGGCGCGGCGAGGGUGCCCUCAAUUCAAAGGCUCUUUUCAGAGCCACCCAUACAGUCGUUAAAAGGGUCUUGAACACAGUGUGGGUCACUGAUAAUGGUCCCUCGCCUGAGACGUUCCCUGACACUGGGUGUGGCCAAGUCAGAUUUUUGAGCGAGGGAAUAUGAUGUGGCUGCUUUGCUCUUCCUAAGCGUAGUGAACGAUAGCCGCGCGAGUAGCAAGGGGCGUAAGUCCCCUCCCCACGCCUGGAGCUUCGGUGGGCGAGGUCACAGUGCAGUGGUAUUCU